AUGUUAUUAAAAACACGUUUGGUUUUGUUUUCGCCAUUGGUAAUAUUCUUUUUCAUCUCUUAUAAAGCUCUGCUGCUUCUGGAACAAGGACAGAAACUCCCAACAAUAUUUAUUAUAACACCAACUUACCACCGGCCUGUGCAGCAGCCAGAGUUAAUCCGGCUGUCGCAAACCCUAAAGCUGGUUUCCAACGUACAUUGGAUUGUAGUGGAAGACGCUGCGCAAAAGACCGAACGACUGCGCCAUCUGUUGGAAAGAACUGGCAUUGCCUACACGCACCUUGCAACUGGAAACAAACAGACAGCGUGUAGCGGGACCGAGAGGCCUGGUAGAGGCGUCACAAAUCGAGAGGUCGGUCUCGCGUGGCUGCGGCAGAAUGCUAAAGAUGGAGUAGUGUUCUUUGCUGAUGACGAUAACUCUUAUGACCUUCGGCUUUUUGAUGAGGCCGAUAAAUCCCCCAACAGGUCGCCCACACCUGUGGCCUGGAGUAUGCCACCAAAUGAAGGAAAUGUAUCCCAAGUGGUAAUGUUAACUGAGUUCAUGCUUGAUAGCAAACAAACAAGCAAAAAAUUUGUGGCAAAACAUGGCAUGACCAACAAAAGCAAAAUGAAAAUAUUUGAUUGCUACUACAUGUAA